AGCUCUACAAGUGCUCUUGUUGUGCUGGGCCAGCAUCUGAGUUCUACAAGUGCUCUUGUUGUACUGGGCCAGCAUCUGAGCUCUACAAGUGCUCUUGUUGUGCUGGGCCAGCAUCUGAGUUCUACAAGUGCUCUUGUUGUGCUGGGCCCCUGAAAUUUCAUCUAGAUCCAAAAUUAAAAUUAAAAUAUGAACACUUGAAUUAUUUAUUUUGUUUUCUAUAAAUAGGAAAUAAAUCUAAUUUGUUUAGAGUUAUACCCCUUUAAAUUUUGCUUUCAAUUUAAUAAUUUUAGUAAAGGCCUAUUAUAUCGGUCAUAAUGCCACAGAAGCAGCCAUAACGGCUGAUGAUCUGCCAUUUUGACAGCUCUUGAGUAAUUCCAAAAGUGGAAAACUCAAAUUUUAAGAAUUUCUAAACAUAUCCUCAUAAUUUAUACAGUGUAUUUGAUUGAGCCACAGCUAAAAUGAGGCGCUUGACCUUGUUGUUUGUUAAUAUUCUCCGCUCAUUAAAUAAUGCUACAAUCCAACUUCAGUUGAUAUAAUUAAAGGUUCAAUACUAUACACAAUGCACAGCGCUGCUUUCAGUUUUAAGCAAGGGACUUUUAAUCAAAAUAGGAACGUCAUUCUCUUUUUUUUAUUUUUAACAUAUUUUCAUUAAUGACUAUUUUAUUGAACAGGAACUCAAUGUCUCUCUAUGUUUAACUAUGUUUGUGUGUGUAAAUACAAGCAGGUUGUGAGAGCAGCAACUGUCACGCCUAAUUUUAUCAGAGCAACUGUCACACCUAAUUUUAUCAGAGCAGCUGUCACGCCUCAUUUUAUCAGAGCAACUGUCACUGCUGAUUUGAUCAGAGCAACUGUCACGCCUAAUUUGAUCAGAGCAGCUGUCACGCCUCAUUUUAUUAGAGCAACUGUCACUGCUGAUUUGAUCAGAGCAACUGUCACGCCUAAUUUGAUCAGAGCAGCUGUCCCGCUAAUGUGAUCAGAUCAAUUCUUCCACCCAAUGUUGUAAGAGCAACCACCACACAAUGUCUUGAGAGCACUUGUCACAAAUGCUCCAUAGUUAUAGUUCAAUGUUCUAGUUUUGUAAUUUAUUUCUUUUGUCGUGAGGUUCAGUCAAUGAUUUUUAUAAUAUAAUAUCAGCAUUUGUCCAUCAGGCGUUUGUCCGAGUAUCCAUUGCCCAUUGAGUAUCCAUUGCCCAUUGAGUAUCGAUAGUCCAUUGAGUUUCAAUUGUCCAUUGAGUAUCAAUUGUCCAUUGAGUAUCAAUUCUUUAUUCUAACUCUCUAACCAGUUGUCCAAAUUGUCAGUAUCUUAAUGACAGCAUGAGACAUCCAGUUAUUUAUUGUAACGAGUGUCAUUGCUCUCAACUUUGUACCCAGUCAGACACUCCUCCGUGGUGGCUGUUUGCUACAGCCCUUUAAGCUGUCCAGUCGGUCACUGAUGGCGGCAUGGUUUGCUACAACCCUUUGAGCUGUCUCGUCAGUCACUCCAUGGCGGCAUGGUUUGCUACAAUCCUUUAAGCUAUCACAAUCUGUGGCACAAUAAAAGAUGACUAACUCUACAGUACAACUUUUGUGUUUUGAUUCAUUCUCUUUAAUAUUGAUUCAAUUUGCCACAGUUUAAGGCUAUCUUUUUGUUGAGUUGAACAGUUCUUAUUUUCUGAAAGCUAUGCUGUUCAGAUUCAUGUUCAAUUCAUGUUCAGUUCAUUUUCAGUUCGUGUUUAGUUCAUGUUCAUUGCUUCAAUCUUGUCAGUGAAGAUUUUUUUUUUUUAAUGGUUUGAUCUUGACAUUGGCUUACAAUAGUUCAGUAGAUUUGUUGACUAUUAGCACUGAGAACCAAAACAAUGGUCAUUGCAAUAGCAGAUCUCAUCCCAAAGAUGUUUGGUCAAUCAGUGGUGAAACAUCUCAGGACAAACAUGUUGGUCAAUCAAUGGUGAAACAUCUCAGCACAAACAUGUUUGGUCAAUCAAUGGUUAAACAUCUCAGCACAAACAUGUUUGGUCAAUCAAUGGUGAAACAUCUCAGCACAAACAUGUUUGGUCAAUCAAUGGUGAAACAUCUCAGCACAAACAUGUUUGGUCAAUCAAUGGUUAAACAUCUCAGCACAAACAUGUUUGGUCAAUCAAUGGUGAAACAAUUUGAAGGUUUUAACCAAUAAUAACCAAGUUACCUUUUUAUUUGUAGAUUGCUGCAUUCUAUGGACACAAAUAUGUUCAUAUCCAUUUCACUUCUUGUGUUUAAUGAUAAUGUUCAAAUGUAUUAUAAAAAAAUAAUAUAUUAAGUUCAUGAAGCUAAUGACAUUUUACUCAGUGUACAGAGGGAGAGAAUAGAGAAAUACAUUUGGUAAUUUUGAGAAUUUGUAUUAGUGUGCCCUAUGAACCAAGCUUUUAUUGAGGAAAUCUUAUCCAGUUGGAGUGAAGGAUCCGUCGACUGUAAAGACAGAUGUAUGAUUUUUGUGUGUGUGUGUUUACAUCUUAGGCCUUUACUAUUACCUUGAGGCCCAAAACCCAUAUACCUAGGCCUUCAUGGGAUACACUAUCCUAUACACAUGUACCUUAGACACAUUUCUAUAGGCCUUAUAUGGAAUUCACUAUCCUAUACACAUGUAGCUUAGACACAUUUCUAUAGGCCUUCAUGGGAUACACUAAUCCUAUAUGCACAUAGCUUAGACACAUCUCUAUAGGCUUCAUGGGAUACACUAUCCUAUACACACCUAGCUUGGACACAUUUCUAUAGGCCUCCAAUGAGAAUCUUGUUUACAUUUAGAUCUCUAUAUUGUUGGUCAUGUUAACAGAAAAUCCAAUUUGCUGUCUCUAGGGCAUUUUUAAAUAACAUGACAAAAUGUUGACCGGAUUGCUAUCCUAAAAUCUAUCCAUAUGUUACCAGAGGUUUAUUUUUUGAUGUGAGUUUUGUCCUAAAAUGUUUACCUUAUGUUACCAGAGGUUUAUUUUUUGAUGUGAGUUUUGUCCUUAAAUGUUUACCUUAUGUAACCAGAGGUUUAUUUUUUGAUGUGAGUUUUGUCCUAAAAUGUUUACCUUAUGUUACCAGAGGUUUAUUUUUGAUGUGAUUUUUGUCCUAAAAUGUUUACCAUAUGUUACCAGAGGUUUAUUUUUGAUGUGAGUUUUGUCCUUAACUGUAUACCCUAUGUUUAUAUUAAGUGUGAAUCUUAAAAUACGAACCCUUAUAAUUAUAAUUAUGUUAUAAUUAUGUUCUUAAUUCAUGGCCUUUUAAUUAAAUUAUUGAUAUUGUCCCAAAAUGUGAUGGUGAUAUUAUCCUGACAUGUGAUGGUAAUAAUGUCCUGAAAUGUGAUGGUAUCCUAACAGAAAAAUUUGGCAUUAGAUGAAAUGCAUUGUCAGGACACUCGUCUCAGACUGGACAACGUUAACUCAUUCCUGACAUUUGCGACUGAAUGUGUCAUUUGGAGGCUUUAUUUAAAAAUAGCAUCAAAAUCUCGCAACCCUCGAGACUUCUGGUGAUGGCGUAAUUCUGAGUGAUUUCAUUUUAAAAACGGGAAGCUUUUAUCUUGUUUCACUUUCACUCUUUAUGCUUAAGUAUGUUCAUCAGAGGUGACAAAAUAGAUUUUUUGGUCAAAGCUCAUUUGAUCCCUGUUAAUGAUAUAUUUUUAUAAAACUGAAUUAAUUUCUGGAUGGAUUAUCUAUUGUUCAUUAAUAGUAAUAAAUAUUUGGCAGUUUAAAAAAAAAAAAAUUAAAAAAAGUAAAUCAAUUGCAAAACAGAGUCACUUCCCUUUCUAAGGGAUAUCAAUUAAAUACCACAGCAGCACUGCCGUCAGGAAUGAGUUAAUGUUAUAUUUUUUCUAAAAAUCCAUUUUUCAGUGAUUACAUUAUGUACUGAUUGAAAUGUCCUAGAGAUUAUUGUGUAACGUAAAGAAUAUAUCUAAGUGUAUCUCAUUGAUAUAUCUCAAAUGUUAAAUAAAAAGUUGAAUUAAAUCUGUCAUGCUAUAUUUUGAUCUAUUGAAACAUUUAAAACAAAGAUCAAAUCACUAAAUUGUCAUGGACGAGAAGGUGUGAAGACUUGUUUGAUUUGAUUUUUCAAGAUAACUUGAUUUUAUAAGCACUAAAUGACAGUUCCUGCUUGUUUAAUCUAGAAGGAAUGUUUUAUGAUUGUGUAUUAAAGACAUGUUUUGCUUGUUUAAUCUAGAAGGAAUGUUUUAUGAUUGUGUAUUAAAGACACGUUUUGCUUGUUUAAUCUAGAAAGGUAUGUUUUAUGAUUGUGUAUUAAAGACAUGUUUUGGUUGUUAAAUCUAGAAGGUAUGUUUUAUGAUUGUGUAUUAAAGACAUGUUUUGGUUGUUAAAUCUAGAAGGUAUGU